AUGGCUACAGAGAGACGAUGCUUCGUGGUUUGCUUAACAAAGACAAUUGUGACAUUCUUAUUUAAUUCUACGCUUGGUAAACCUACUGGAUCUGUAUCGUCCAUAUUGGGAUUACUAAUCUUUUAUAAUUGUGGAUUAUUUGGACCAAACUCAGCCGAACACGCAAUAGCCCGAAGACUUAAGCUUAAUUCACCUACGAAGCAAUCAAAUGGAAAACAUGCAUCUGCCUCAUACUCACUAGGAUAA